AAAAGAUCUGGGAGGUUAGACUACGCAAGGUAUCUAUAGAGGAGAACAAGAAAAGCUAAAUAUAGACUGUGAAAGAGUGAAACCUUUCAGACAGCAUUCGACAAAACCCCUCAGGAUGCUCUUUGGCCUGUGAGACACAUAAAGAAAAAAGAAGUGUGAGAGAGAGUCCGGGGGAAGGACAAUACUCAUCCCAUAUUUUAAAUUGCUUGAAGAAUGACAGACUGUAAAAUGUUUUGGGUGGGUCUGGCUCUGACCGCCACAGCUCUACUCAUAUCUUUGUGUCUGAACGUUGUCUUCUGCUAUCUGAGAUGCAGAGAGAGGUUUUACAGAAAAGACACUGACGAUGAUCUUUUGUACCCAGAGUCCCCCCAAAGAGAAAGUGGGUUCAGUCCCUUGUUUGUGGAGGACCAACAUCAACAGCAGGAGAAUCCCAUUUAUGGUAACAUCAACACAGACAGAGGAGUCCCAGAGGGCAACUUUGAAGAAGUAUGCUACGAAUCCAUGACCAUGCAACGUGUUCGAGAGGUGGGAGAGCCCAUUACGCCAGUGGAACCUGAUCUGAACUAUGCCUCUCUGGACCUGAAUAUGGCUGCUCAGAAACGCAAGAAGCGUCGCCACCAGCAAGGCCAGAACCAGCACCAGGCCCAGGCUCGCCUCUCCCAGCCCCAGUCUCAAGCUUCAGCCCAGAUGGGAGGCUUUCUAGAGGUGGAGGCCAUUGUGGAGGCCACCCUCCCCUCCCGCAGCAGCAGUCCCAUGGCCUCACGUCACAGUAUCUACCUCAACAGCCAACAGAUGGCACUGGAGACGGAGGAGAGGGAAAAGGAGAAACUAAGGGACGUGGAGAGGGAGAGAGUGAGGAACUUGUCAGAUGAAGGUGGGAUGCAGUGGGAUGUGGAUGCACAGUGGGAGAGAGCAAGAGAGAGUGAGUGGAACAGGGAAUAUGGAGUAAAUGUGGGUGAGGCAGAGAGAGAGGCAGAGAUUGAUAUGAAGACUAUUCAUGAGUGUUCAGAUCAUUUUUGCAGCAAUUUGAACCAUGAGCCGAUCAGUGAACCUGAUGAAAUAGUUAAACGUUUGGCACAUUAGGGAGUUGUUUGCUGUUAAACCCAUGUAGACUCAACAGUAUAAUAAAAAAACUAAAAGUGUAUCCAAAAUAUUUAAAAUUUAAAUAUUUGUUAUGUAUGUGCCUCAUUACCCCCCGUUAAGUACCGUAUUUUUCGGAAAAUAAGACAUAUUUUCUAUAAACCGCACCCCACCAGAAUGGGAGCUUUGUGUUUGUAAAUCUGAGUAUAACCACACUGGAAUAUAGUCCACACUUGACACGGGAACAAUGAAACCAAGCAAUGCACGAAUAGGCGAUCUUACAGCAUGCCAUUGUGUAACACACUUUGAAAACGAAAGUAAGUAAGUGCGUAAUGUAUGCAUUAACUAAUAUUUAAAUAGCAUUCACAAAAAAAGUGUUUCUAUUGUUGUUUUGUUAUAAAAACUUGAUAUAAGCCAUAUUGAAAUAUAAGACGCACCACAACAAGAAAAAUGUAAAAUCGGGGUAAAAACCGUGGCUUUAUUUCCCAAAAAUACGUUAUCUUAACAUUGCAAAGUGUUGGAGUCACUCUUACUUGUUCUCACAAUGGAGAAUAUAACACUUACACUGUAGUGUUUGUAGGUUAAAGGUCACCAAAUGGAAGUUUUGAGUGAUUUUGUUGCGAAAGAAAAUGUUGAGGCAAACAUCAAAGCUUAUAUCAGAUACUGUUGUUGAGUGAUUGUUUCUGUCGAUGCUGCUGUUUUGAGGUUUUCCUCUAUUAUCACUUCACAAAUGGAAAAUAACUGAAAUGGAGCAGAUGGAAAUUUGCACAAAGGUGUGAUAUUUAUCUUAUCUCUGACUUUCACCAAUAUUUUCCUAUGCUAUUUAGGACUGUAUGUCCUUUUUCAGUUGCUUGUAAAGAAACAUGAGAUAAUGUUUGUGCAAACUCUCACAGCAAAUGGACAAAAAAUAAACAUUUACAUGCACAGUCACAGUCAAUGACUAUGAUCUACAUCUAUGCAAACUAUUUUAUAGAUGAAUUAGAGCUUGACUCAAUCAUAAUUUCUUUUUUCAUGUUCUUUGUCGAUUAUGACUAAUCAAAUGUAUGGAUAUUCAGUAUAAUCAAAAUUUUUGUCCAGUUGUACUUGAGCCAACACAAUGGUAUUUUGUAUGCAUUUUUUCUAUUUAUAUACUCCACAUACAGGUGAAUUACAAACUGAAUGUAUUUUUUACUUGCCAGUGUAACCUUGAUUAUAACAUGGGUAUAACUACCAAUGAGUUGAAGUCUUCUGAGUCAAUGUCACAAGUCACAUGGGUAGUAGUUUAAUACAAAGCAUUCCAGAACGGAGGAACAAAGCAGCAAUAACUUAAUAAAUAAGUAAAUAAAUAAUAAAAUAUAUGAAAAAAGGAAUUAAAACAAAUAUUGUUAGAUGUCAUGUUUAUGUAGCAAAUUAAGUACCAUAUUACUAUGAAAUGUAACUUUUCACAAUAAUAUUAACAUAUUGUAUUUCAAAAUACAACAUUUUAUUUAUGGUAUAUUUCAUCAUUGUAUAAACUUACAUUUAGUCAUUUUUUUUACAUUUAGUCAUUUAGCAGACGCUCUUAUCCAGAGCAACUUACAGUAAGUA